CAGACCAGUAUGUGAUACACCCGUUUUGGAGAUUGAGCUAAAAUGGCAGAGAAUUGCAGUAGAAAGCUAAUAGUUGAAAUCUGCAACGCGAAGAAUCUAAUGCCAAAAGACGGCCAAGGAACAGCAAGCCCUUACGUGAUCGUAGAUUUCGACUGCCAAAGACGAAGAAGCAAGACCAAGUUCAGAGAUCUGAACCCACAGUGGGACGAAAAGCUCGAGUUCUUAGUCCACAACACCGACGCCAUGGUCUCUGAAACUCUCGAAAUCAAUCUCUACAACGACAAGAACACAGGUAAAAGAAACACCUUUCUUGGUAAAGUCAAGAUCGCCGGAAGCACUUUUGUGAAAGCUGGUUCGGAGUCUUUGGUUUACUACCCUUUGGAAAAAAGGAGCGUUUUCUCGCAGAUCAAAGGUGAGAUCGGACUUAAGAUUUGCUAUGUCGACGAAGAGGCUUCGGCACCUCCACCAACUGAAGCGGCGGAGAAGUCAGAGACCCCGCCACCGCCUGUGGCGGAGGAAAAGCUAUCGGAGAAAGAAGAGAAAAAAGAAGAGGAAAAACCAAAAGAGGAAGACAAAAAGGAGGAGGACAAAUCGCCGGAGAAUCCGAAACCGGAGGAGACUUCGACGACGGCGAUACCUCCUCCUCCGUCACCGUCGGAGGUGGAAAAAAUUCCUCCCAUUGCACACGAAGAGCAAUCGAAGCAGAAGAAGAUGAUGGUUUCCGAAAAGCAAACGAAAAAUUCAGUAAAUGAACUCGAAAUUCGAUCUCUAUCUGGGGAUCGAACUCGUUCUGCGUACGAUCUAGUCGACCAAAUGCCAUUUCUAUAUGUACGAGUAGUGAAGGCGAAGAUAUCAAAUCAGGAAGCUGAGACUUGUAUAUACGCAAAGCUUGUGAUUGGGACUCACGGCAUCAAAACGAAGACCCAAGGGGAUAUCCAUAAAGAUUGGGACCAAGUCUUCGCAUUUGACAAAGAAGGUUUGAACUCGACUUUAUUAGAGAUCUCAGUCUGGGUUGAAAAGAAAGGUACGGAGAACAACAAUACAGCAGAGAGUUGCUUAGGAACGGUGUCCUUUGACAUGCUAGAGGUACCCCGGAGGGUACCACCGGACAGUCCAUUGGCACCACAGUGGUAUACACUUGAAGGGUCGCCGGAAAAUUCGACGGCAAAUGACGUCAUGGUGGCGGUAUGGAUUGGUACGCAAGCUGAUGAGGCUUUUCAGGAGGCUUGGCAGUCAGAUUCCGGUGGGCUGAUACCUGAGACCCGUGCCAAGGUUUAUCUUUCUCCGAAACUCUGGUAUUUGAGGGUAACGGUCAUCCAAACCCAGGAUUUGCAGCUAGGUUCGGUGUCCGAGCCAGAGGUUCGGAGUCAUGAACUUUAUGCGAAGGCUCAGCUUGGGGCUCAACUUUUCAAAACAAGCCGAACAAUGGUCGGCUCGUCCAGUAGUUCUUCUAAUCCCACAUGGAAUGAGGACUUAAUUUUUGUGGCAGCCGAGCCGUUUGAGCCGUUUUUGGUAAUUACAGUGGAGGAUGCAACCAAUGGACACUCUGUGGGCCAUACUAAGGUGCACGUGGCAAGCAUUGACAAGCGUACGGACGAGACAUUAGAGCCAAGAUCAAGAUGGUUUAAUUUGGUGGGCGAUGAGAGCAAGCCCUAUGCCGGGAGAAUACAUGUGAAAAUGUGUUUAGAGGGAGGGUAUCACGUGAUUGACGAAGCUGCUCACGUGACCAGUGAUGUUAGGGCAACAGCAAAACAACUGUCCAAUUCACCUAUUGGAUUACUUGAAUUGGGCAUAAGAGGGGCAACUAAUUUGCUGCCGGUUAAAACCAAGGACAGUACGCGCGGGACCACUGACGCCUAUGUGGUGGCCAAGUAUGGGCCCAAGUGGGUUCGAACCCGUACGAUCCUUGAUCAGUUUAAUCCUCGGUGGAAUGAGCAAUACACUUGGGAUGUAUAUGAUCCAUGCACCGUGCUUACAAUAGGAGUAUUUGAUAAUGGAAAAUACACGCAUCAUGAAGCAGGAAAAAAAAAUGUUCGAUUGGGAAAGUUACGUGUAAGGUUAUCAACGCUUGAUACUAAUCGGGUGUACAUGGGAUCACAUUCUCUUACCGUGUUGCUUCCUAGUGGGGCGAAGAAAAUGGGUGAGAUUGAAAUUGCAGUUAGAUUUUCAUGUUCAUCGUGGCCUAGUCUAAUUCAAGCAUAUGCUAGUCCUAUUCUGCCUAAAAUGCACUAUGUACGCCCCCUAGGUCCAGCCCAACAAGAUAUAUUACGGCAUACGGCUACGAGGAUAGUAGCUGCUCGGCUGGCCCGGUCCGAACCAGCUUUGGGCCAAUAUGUGGUCCACUUCAUGUUGGACUCUGAUACACACAUGUGGAGCUUGAGGCGAAGCAAGGCCAAUUGGUUCCGAGUGGUUGGGUGCUUAUCAAGAGUAGCAACAUUUGCACGGUGGCUCGAUGGAAUUCGAAUGUGGGUGCACCCACCAACCACAAUUUUAGUCCAUCUGCUGCUUGUGGCUAUUGUGUUAUGUCCACACCUAGUGUUGCCUACUAUUUCCAUGUACGCCUUCUUGGUCAUCACAUUACGAUUUCGAUACCGCCAAUGGGUCCCAAUCAGCAUGGACCCAAGAUUAUCGUAUGUUGAUAAAGUGGGUCUUGAUGAGCUUGAUGAAGAGUUUGAUGAAUUUCCAACCACUCGAUCACCAGAUCAAGUUUUUAUCCGAUAUGAUAGGCUACGAGCUCUAGCAGGAAGGGCCCAAACUCUAUUGGGCGAUGUGGCAGCCCAGGGGGAGAGACUAGAGGCGCUGUUUAAUUGGAGAGACCCAAGGGCCACUGGAAUGUUUUGUAUAGUGUGCUUGUUUGCUUCGUUGGUGUUCUAUGUUGUGCCCUUCAAGGUCUUUGUGUUGGGGUCUGGCUUCUUCUACCUGCGCCACCCAAGGUUCCGCGACAACAUGCCCUCAGUGCCAAUCAACUUUUUUCGUCGACUUCCACCCCUCUCCGAUCAAAUUCUAUAAAUUUUUUUCUAGCAGGGAUUUUGGUGCACUUUCGUGGUGUACUAGUGGUUAAGUGGGGCUGGCUUUGAUUUUGAAUAUUAUUCAUGAUUUUGGUUUGAACCGAAUAAGGAGUAUUAACGUGGGCAGAAAGUUGGUGUUUGUGAGCCUUGAGUUUGCAAAAAGUGAGCGUUAAUGACCGUUAAUGUCUGUCGUGAAAGAAUUUAAAUUUCAACAAAGUGAUCGUUGAAUGAAAGGAGCGAGGAAUGCAUAUGUUACAGGGGGAUGAAGAUAUUAUAACCACUGGUCCUUACUAUGAAUAGAUUUAUAGUGUAUUUGUUAUUUCAAUGAAUAUAUUCGACACUUAAUAAAUAAGUCCGUU